UGGCCGGGCCCUUUCCUUCUGAGCCGCCCUUCUCGCGAUUUCGGCUUCCGUCGCCAGCCCUGGGGUCCCGCUGGCUUUGCCCUGAGGGUGCUGAAGAUCCCUGGUAGCCGCCUGGCUCCCGAGCGCCAGGAAAUGGAACUGUUGACAUUUAGGGAUGUGGCCAUUGAUUUCUCUCAAGAGGAAUGGGAAUGCCUGGAGCCUGCUCAGAGGAAUUUAUACAGAGAUGUGAUGCUAGAGACCUACAGAAACCUGGUCUUCCUGGGAUUACAGUUUGAGAAACCCUACAAAUGUCAAGAAUGUGAAAAAAAUUUUAAGAAUUUUUUAACUCUUACUCAACAACAAAGGAUUCAUAUGGGAGAAAAGCCCCACAUAUGUGAAGAAUGUGGCAAAGGUUUUACUAAAAGAAGACAACUUACUCAACACCAGAGAAUUCAUAGUGGAGAGAAGCCCUAUAAAUGUGAAAUUUGUGGCAAAGCUUUUAAUAAAAGAUCACAUGUUACUCAACACCAGAGUACUCAUACUGGAGAGAAACCCUACAAAUGUGAAGAAUGUGGGAAAGGAUUUACUCAAAGAGCAUAUUUUACUCUACACUAUAGUAUUCAUACUGGAGAGAAGCCCUACAAAUGUAAAGAAUGUGGGAAAGGAUAUACUCAAAGAGCAGGUCUUACUCAACACCAAAGAAUUCAUAGUGGAGAGAAGCCCUACAAAUGUGAAGAAUGUGGGAAAGGAUUUACUCAAAGACCAAGCCUUAUUCGACACCAGAGUAUUCAUACUGUAGAGAAGCCCUACAAAUGUCAUAAAUGUGGGAAAGAAUUUACUCAAAGAGUACAUCUUACUCUACACCACAGUAUUCAUACUGGAGAGAAGCCCUACAAAUGUAAGGAAUGUAGCAAAGCUUUUAGGUGUAAUUCAUUGCUUACACGACACCAGAUAAUUCAUACUGGAGAGAAGCCCUACAAAUGUAAAGAAUGUGGGAGAGGAUAUACUCAAAGAGCACACCUUACUCAACAUCAGAGAAUUCAUACUGGAGAGAAACCCUACAAAUGUGAAGAAUGUGGGAAAGGAUUUACUCAAAGACCAAGCCUGACUCUACACCAGAGUACUCAUAUGGUAGAGAAGCCCUAUAAAUGUGAAGAAUGUGGGAAAGGAUUUACUCAAAGAGCCAACCUCACUCUACACCAGCGUAUUCAUACUAUAGAGAAGCCCUACAAAUGUAAGGAAUGUGGCAAAGCUUUUAGGUGUAAUUCAUUGCUUUCUCGACACCAGAAAAUUCAUACUGGAGAGAAGCCCUACAAAUGUAAAGAAUGUGGGAAAGGUUUUAUUCAAAGUUCACACCUUACUCAACACCAGAAAAUUCACACUGGAGAGAAGCCUUACAAAUGUGAAGAAUGUGGGAAAGGAUUUAUUCGAAGAGCAGAUGUUACUCGACACCAGAGUAUUCAUACUGUAGUGAAGCCCUACAAAUGUAAUAAAUGUGGGAAAGCUUUUAGGUAUAAAUCAAGUCUUACCCAGCACCAGAGAAUUCAUAAUGCAGAGAUUCAAUGUUAAGAAUGUGGGAAAGGUUUUAAUGAAAGAGUAUGGCUUAUUCUUCACCAGACUAAUCAUAAAAGGGAGAGGUAAUGCAAGUGUAAAAACUGUUGCAUAUCUUUUAGCAAUUGCUCAGGCUUAUCACUGGAGAAUUCAUAGUGUAUAGAAACCCUAACAAUGUAAAUACUGUGCCCAAGUCUUUACUCAAAUUUCAAAUUUUCCUUAACAUCAGAAACCUGAUACCUAUAGGGGAUGUGGAAAGACAUUUGCCUGAAAUAUAUGCCUUAAAAAAUAGCAAAAUAUCAACAGUGAAGAAAACACCUUAAGGAAUAUAAAAAAAUAUAGCAAAGCUCUUAUCUGUACCUUGAUUCUUGAUGUAUGUGAGAGGGAAAUGAGGAAUUGCCUUUAACAUUUGCUUAAAAUUUGUUAAGCAUCCUUACCUGCUGGGGUAGAAAUAAAGAAAUUCUCACAAGUGUCAUAAAAUAGUGUAGAACUCUUGUCUCUGGAAGAAGGUAAAUUUAUUGUAAAUCAAAGAUUUCUCAAUAUUUUCACUUUUGAAAACUGGAGGAAACAAUUGUAACUUAAAUUCAUUUAUCAGAAGAUGACUUGUUUCUGAGAGUUGUCAAUCUAUAAUUUCAACUAUUUACAGUGGAUUUUGAAAUACUUUAUUCACAUUAUUAUGAAUUUUGUCACAAAAUAAAAGUAAAAUUUGUUAAUGUA